AUGUUUUCCAUGGAGAGUGAGCUAUCUCUCGGUGAACACAGUAUAUGUGCCACCAAGUGUAACCUGGCCGAUGAUGCACCAUGGAAAAAGAUUCAGAAGAACACUUUCACGCGGUGGUGCAAUGAGCACUUGCGCCGUGUGGGCAGGGUUAUCAGUGAUCUGCAGUUUGACCUGAGUGACGGGCUGACCCUCAUUGCCCUUCUGGAGGUGCUGAGCCACAAGAAGAUGCCCAGGAAAUACCACACACGUCCCACCUUCCGGCAAAUGAGACUGGACAACGUGUCUGUGGCCCUGGACUUUCUGGAGCAAGAGAGGAUUAAGCUGGUGUCCAUAGAUAGCAAGGCCAUUGUGGAUGGUAACAUAAAGCUGAUUCUGGGGUUGGUGUGGACCUUGAUCCUGCACUACUCCAUUUCCUCCCACCUGCUGGUAGAUGAGGAAGCCAAGAAGCAGACUCCAGAACUGCGUUUGCUGGGCUGGAUUCAGGACAAGGUGCCUGAACUGCCCAUCACCAAUUUCAACCAGGACUGGAUGGAUGGCAAGGCACUGGGAGCCUUGGUGGAUGGGCUGGCCCCCGGCCUGUGCCCUGACUGGGAAAGCUGGGAUGAGGUGCAGCGAGUGGACAAUGCCAGAGAGGCCAUGCAGCAGGCUGACGCGUGGUUAGGGGUGCCACAGGUCAUAGCUCCAGAGGAGAUCAUUGAUCCCUGUGUGGAUGAGCAGUCCAUCAUGACCUACCUGUCCAUGUUCCCCAAAGCCCAGCUGAAACCUGGAGCACCCCUCAAACCUAAAUCAGUAUCCAACGCAAAGGCGUGCACCGCCACUGGGCGGGGGCUGCAGCCCAGGGGGGUGAGGGUGGGCCAGGUAACAAACUUCAAAGUGGACCUGACCAGGGCGGGACCUGGGAGCCUGGAAGUGCAUGUCAAGGGACCAGAUGGCUUUGAUGUACCUGUUAAACAGAAAGAGGCCAGUGAAGGCGUCUCUGUCUUUCAGUAUGAGCCCAACAUAGUGGGCAGCUACAUGGUGUCAAUCACAUGGGCAGGAGAGCACAUUUACAAGAGCCCAUUUGAGGUUGUGGUUGGACCAAGGGCAGGCCCCCAGAUGAUCCGGGCGUGGGGACCAGGGCUGGAGCGUGGCAUUGUGGAAAUGUCAGCUGACUUUGUAGUGGAAGCUAUUGGUGCCAAUGCAGGGAUGCUGGGCUUUGCAGUCGAGGGUCCCUCUCAGGCUAGAAUUGAAUGCAACGACCAAGACGAUGGUUCAUGUGAUGUGAGGAUCUGGCCCACAAAACCUGGGGAAUACGCUGUGCAUGUGAUAUGUGACGACGAGGAGAUUGAGGACAGUCCCUUCCUGUCCUAUAUAAACCCAAAUAAGAAGGAAUGUUUCCCACACAAGGUAAAAGUCUUUGGAAAUGGAGUGAGUCAGAAUGGCUUCCUUUUGAAGAGGUUAAUGGAGUUCACGGUGGAUGCCAGAUGUGCUGGAGAUGGAUCACUGGGCAUUCAGGCUCAGAGCGCCGAGGGGAAGCCUGUCAGCGUGGAGGUGAAGAGUGAAGAACCUGGCCUGCACAGCUGUUUCUACACACCCACCAGCCCUCUCAAACACACCUUCUUUGUAACAUGGGGAGGGGUCAGUGUCCCCGGCAGCCCCUUCAGAGUAAUGCCUGGAAGAAUUAAAAUUGAUCCUUCAUUCAGCACCUCAGACAGCGAGUCUCAAGGGUCAAAACAAAAUGGAGGGGAUAUCGACCUGGAUCGAGCCAAAAGCACUAAUUCUCCAUUCAAGCUUAAUUUGAAUGUUACCAGUCCCAAAAAUGUGCCAGCUGAUGCCAGAAAGGUCGAGGCUUACGGCCCAGGACUAGAGGGUGGAUUUGUUGGGAUCUUGGCUGACUUCACCAUCGACACAAGCGACUCUGGCAGCGGUCAUCUCUCUGUGACAGUUGACGGCCCCGGCCCUGCCAAAAUAAAGUGUUGUGACAACCAGGAUGGCACCUGCACAGUGAUGUACCUACCAACAGCAAAAGGAGAACACCUAAUCAACAUUAUCUUUCAGGGAUCACACAUCCCAGGCUCCCCGUUCAUCGUUGACAUCCAGAUGCCUUUUGAUCCCACUAAGGUGGUUGUAUCUGGGCCUGGGCUAGAGAAGGGCAAAGUAGGGGAGCCAUGCAUUGUGAACGUCAGUUGUGCCUUGGCUGGGCUUGGUGAGCUGUCUGCAGAGGCGGUGUCUGAAACUGGACAAAUGGCCAAGGCCAAGGUUCAGGAAAACAAAGAUGGCACCUAUACAGUUGUCUACGUCCCUCUCGCUGCCGGUGUCUACACACUCCGAUUGAAGUGCGGAGGAAAAGUGCUGGCUGACUUUCCAUCUCAGGUGGUAGUGGAUCCAGCCAUUUACACCAGCCAUGUGAAAAUCUGCGGGAAUGAAGCUGAUGUGGAAGCUGGAGGAGCAGUGGGAGAGCUACAUGGUUUUGAAGGAGAGCAGAAACCAGCGUCGGUCUUUGCCAGUGGGACUGGACUCCUUCAGGGACUGACAGGGGAGAGAAACCAUUUUACUAUCACAGCACGAGGCAGCAGAGCAAAAGCCAUAGCUGUCACUGUGGAGGGGCCAUCAGAAGCCAAAGUUUCCUGGUCAGACAGUUGUGAUGGUUGUUAUGAUGUCCAGUACACCCCCAGUGUACCAGGAAUAUAUCAAAUCAACAUCACCUCUGGCGGGGAGCACAUUCAAGGUAGCCCUUUUGAAGUGCCAGUGAAGGAAAUCUCUGAUAGACGUGAUGCCACAAUCUCUGGUCCAGGACUGGAAUCAGGAGUCUGUGCACAAAUCCCUCAAACCUACACUAUUGACUGUGACAAGACUGGAGAUGCCCCAGAGUCUGUGGCUAUUAUGACACCCAGUGGAAAAAUAGACUGUGUUGAAGUGCACGACAUUGGAAAUGGAACACAUUCUUUUGUUUACUGUCCAUCCAUGGAGGGUGAUCAUUCUUUGGUGGUCAAAUAUGCUGAAGAUGAGGCAUAUUCCAGCCCAUUUACAUUCCAAGUGCUGCCAGCUGAAAAUACCAGCAGGCUGAAUGCUUCAGUACCAGGAGAGGAGUCGGGGCUCUGGACCUUCACUACCAGCUGCAGUGACACGAGAGAGGCUCCAGAGACGAUGUCACCAGAAGAUAAAAUGGACACUGUGACAGGCAGCAACCAUGGGACGCUCUCAGCAGCCUGCUCUCCUUUGAUGGAGGGUGUUCAGCCUCUGGGCAGCAAAUAUGCUGAUGAAGAGGAGUUUUGCAGUCCAAGCAUGCUCCGAGUGUGGUCUGCACAUGAUGCCAACAAGCUGAAGGUCUCGGGUCCAGGACUUUGUGCCAAAGGGCCCCAGACUUUCACUUUAGACUGCGCUGAGACUGGAAGAGCCCCGGAGUCUGUGGCUGUUCAGACACCCAGCGGUGAGGUGCAGCUUGUUGACAUGACAGACGACGGAGGCGGGACGUUCUCAGUGGUUUACUCUCCGUCUGUGGAAGGAGCUCACUCUCUAGUGGUCAAAUACCCUGAUGAAUAUGAGUUUUGCAAAAUGGAGCAUGUUGAGGUGACAGACCAGAUGGUGAGAUAUCCUGAUGAAGAGGAGAGUUUCAGCAGGAAGCUGAAAGUCUCAGUGCCAGGACUGGAAUCUGGGAUCUGCGCCCGAAUCCCUCAGACCUUCACUGUUUGCUGUAGCCACAGUGGAGAAGCCCCAGAGUCCGUGGCCAUCAUGACACCCAGUGGCACUAUGGAGGUUGUUGCAGUAACUGACAAUGGAGAUAGGACGUAUUCAGCCGUUUACACUCCUGCUGCGGAGGGAGCUCACUCUCUUAAAGUCAAAUAUGCUGAUGAGGAAGAGUUCAGCAAUCUGUCCAACUUCCAAGUGCUGUCGGACACUGAUGCCAACAAGCUGAGGGCUUCUGGUGCAGGAGUGGAGUCAGGGCUUUGUGACAAAGUUCCUCACAUCUUCACUAUUGCCAGCAGCAAAACCGGAGGAGCCCCAGAAUCUGUGACUGUUAUGACACCAAAUGGUGAGAUGGAGCCUGUCCAGGUGACAGAUAAUAGAGAUGGGACAUACUCGGUGGUUUAUUCUCCCACUGCAGGGGGUGCUCACCAUCUGGUGGUCAAAUAUGCUGAUGAAGAGGAGUUUCAGAGUCUGUAUCAGUUCCAGGUGCUGCCAAGUGAUUCCAGUAAAGGAGUGGAAGGAUCAGUGGUAGGACUGCAAUCAGCAGUCAGUGUUGAAAUGCCUGACAACUUCACCAUGGACUGUAGCAAGGAUGGAAAAGCCCCAAUGUCUGUGGCUGUUUCAGCUGCUAGUGGUAAUACCAAUGUUGACCAUGGAGCUGGAAAAGACUCCCCACUGUCCUCUGCUUCUGUGGAGGAUGCUCACUCUUUGUUGGCAGUAAAAUACACUGAUGAGAUUGAAGCACCCAGGAAGGUGAAAGUGUUAUUACCAGGACUGGAAUCAGGAGUCUGUGCCCGAAUCCCUCAGACCUUCAUUAUUGGCUGCAGUCAGACUGGAGAAGUCCCACAGUCUGUGGCUGUUAUGACACCCAGAGGUCAAAUGGAGGGUUUAAAAGUGACAGACAUUGGAAACGGGGCCUUUUCUGUGGACUACACUCCCUCUGAAAAUGGUGCUCACUCCCUUAUGGUUAAAUACUCUGAAAAGGAUGACUUUAGCAGUUUCCAAGUGCUGCCCAUCAGUGAUGAUAAAAAGCUGAAAAUCUCAGGUCCUGGACUGGAGUCAGGACUUUGUGGCAAGUUUCAUCAGACCUUUGCUAUUGACUGUAGCAAGACAGGAGAGGUCCCAGAGUCUGUGGCUGUUGUUACUCCGAGUGGUUACAUGGAGCCAGUUGAGGUGACAGACAAUAAAGAUGGGACAUACUCAGUGGCCUACUCGCCCUCGAUGGCAGGAGCUCACUCUCUGUUGGUCAAAUAUGCCGAUGAGCAGCAGUUUUGCAGCCCAUACCACUUUCAUGUUCUGCCCUCCAGUCAUGCCAACAAGGAUAUAGGGUCUGGUUCAGGUCUGAUGUCCAAAACUUGUGCUAAAGUCCCUCAGACCUUCCCUAUCGCCUGCAGGAAGACAGGAGCAGCACCAGAGUCUGUGGCUAUGGUGAUGCCAAACGGAAAGGUGGAACUUGUAGAAGUGCAGGACUGCGAAGAUGGGAAACACACAGUGGCAUGGUCCCCCUCUAUGGACGGCUCUCAUUCUCUUGUGGUCAAAUAUGCAGAUGAAGAUGAAUAUUGCUGUCGUGAUGCGGAUAAAGUUCGGGUCAGCGGCCCUGGACUACUCUCCGAGCUACCUGCCAGCUUGCCUGCCCACUUUACUGUUGAUACCACUGAGGCAGGAGAGGGCCAGCUGUCAGUGGAGAUUGUUGAUCCAGACGGGAGAUCAAAAACACCCAGAAUCCGUGAUCAUUUCAAUGGCACCUAUGACGUCUCCUAUGUUCCCAACAAAGUGGGAAACUACUUGAUUACUAUUGAAUACAGUGGAGAAGAGAUUCCCACAUCACCCUAUCACGUCUCAGCUGUUGCAACAGGGGACGCCAACAAAUGCAUCGUUACAGGUCCUGAGUUAGGCUCCAUUAUUGGUGGAGGGGAGGAGAUUGUGUUUGUGGUGAACGCUCAGUCUGCAGGUGUGGGGAAGGUUUCCUCCUUUGUUCUGACCCCUGAUGGGAACGAAGUGGAGGCAGAUGUCACUGAGAGAGAGGACGGGACCUUUGAGAUCCGCUAUACCACCACACAGCCAGGGAAGCACAUCCUGUCGACCAACUUUGGAGGGGAGACUCUGUUCACAUGUCCUCUUGAGGUCAUGGCACGAGAUGACAGUUUUGAAAUGAACGGUGAUGGUCAAGUGUCCAAGUCAAGGCACAAAGCUUCAUCCAGCGAUGGCUUCAGUCCUGUGAUGAAGCAUGGCUCUUACAUUCCCCUAGCAAGCGCAGACCAACAAAAUGGACUAAUGCCAUUUAACACUGUCAUGGCUUUGGAUGUGAAUGAUGGAAAAAUAACAGGAGAGGUCCAUAUGCCAUCAGGGAGCAGGACGCAAGCUGAGGUGAUUGAUAACAGAGACGGGACGGUCACAUUUAUGUAUAAACCUACAGAGGAAGGCUUGCAUCAAAUGCACAUCAGAGCCAGCGGUGCCACUGUGUCAGAAAGCCCUGUGCAGUUUUAUGUGAACAAUACUAAUAAAAGAGAACUGAUGGCACAUGGGCCAGGACUUGUCUCUGGCAUUUCCAAUCAUAUGGCAGCCUUCACAAUCUUCAACAAAGACUUAUUAAAAGGUGACUUGGACAUUGCUCUUGAGGGUCCUUCUAAAGCUGAAAUCCAAUGCUUGAGCAGCACAGAUGGCACCUGCACUGUCACCUAUUUACCCACCGUGCCUGGAGACUACAACAUCUUUAUCCGUUACAAUGAUGAGAAUAUCACAGGAAGUCCCUUUACUGCAAAGAUAGCUGGUAGGUCCCAGGCCAGGUUUGGCAAAGUCGCUGACUUCACCUUGGACAUCACAGAGGAGGACAUCAGCCUGCUCAGCGUUAGCAUCACGUCUCCCUCAGGACGGGAUGUGUCCUGCCUGCUGAAGAGGCAGCCCGACAGCCACAUAGGUGUUUCUUUCAUUCCUAAAGAGGCUGGAGAACAUCUUCUGAGUGUCUUGAGGAAUGGUGAGCAUGUGGCCAGUAGUCCCAUUCCUCUCACCAUCAAUCCCUCAGAGAUUGGAGAUGCCAGUCGGGUCAAAGUGUUCGGUCCAGGGCUAACAAGAGGAUAUACCUGUCAAAUAUCCAGUUUUGUGGUUGAUACACGUGAGGCAGGCUUUGGCGGCCUUGCUCUGGCUAUUGAGGGGCCCAGUAAUGUGGAAAUCCACACAGAGGAGUUGGAAGACGGGACCUGUGGCGUGUCCUUCUGCCCAACAGAGGCUGGAAAAUACACUGUGUCUGUCAGUUUUACAGACAAACAUGUGCCAGGCAGCCCUUUCACAGUUGUGGUGACAGAGAGCGGCUGCGUGACAGACAGCAUAACUCAUUACCAGAGAGCUGACAGUGUUGCCGAUGUGGGGAAAACAUGUGGGAUCAACCUCAAAAUACCCGGUCUGGCGCUCCAGCAUCUUUCUGCUGAGGUGUGCAGUCCUUCAGGUACCACAGAGGAAGCUACUGUCACUAUAACAGGAUGUGAUCUCUGCUCAGUGAGCUUUGUACCCACUGAGCCUGGCGUCCAUACUGUGAGUGUACAGUACAAGGGCCAGCCGAUCCCUGGAGGCCUUUACCAAUAUACUGUGGGGCCACUUGGGGAAGGAGGAGCAGAGAAAGUGCAGGCCUGGGGCCCGGGCCUGAUGUGUGCCAAAACAAAUAUCCCAGCUGAGUUCAGUAUCUGGGCUCGGGAGGCAGGAGCUGGCGACCUCUCAGUAACGAUGGAAGGUCCUGGAAAGGCAGAGCUGGUGUUUGAAGACAGAGACGAUGGCUCCUGUGGCAUUUCUUAUGUUGCUACUGAAGCUGGUGACUAUGAGGUGUCAGUCAAGUUCAGUGGUGAGCACAUUCAGGACAGUCCAUUUCUGGUGUCAGUGUGCGCUCCUGAGGAUGAUGAGGAGGGACAGAGCAAAGUCACGGCCCAGUGCAUAAGUCAUCCGAUGAGUGGAUUAAAGUUGUCAGCAGAAAACGUCUGCACAGUGUCCGCUCCAUGGCCCGACUUCCUGUCUGAUGCUUCCAAGGUUGCCAGCUGUGGCCGAGGCCUGAGCACGGCCUUUCUCGGCGAGACAAACGUCUUUUCUGUGGACUGCAGCGCAGCAGGCACAAACCUCCUUCUGGUGGGUAUGCACGGUCCCACCCGCCCUUGUGAGCAGGUGUCAAUCAGCUACUGUGGCAACAGUUGCUAUGAUAUCAGCUAUGUGGUGAAGGAGAAGGGCAGCUAUAUCCUGGCAGUAAAGUGGGGUGAAGAGCAUAUUCCCGGAUCUCCUUUCCAUGUCCUUGAGAUGGAAGACAUGUUGAGACUUUGCUCCCACGUUCGCUUUAAGAUCCCAUAUCAGGUGGUGGAUGUCUCUGGGGCUAAAGUGGUGGCAGAGACCUUGCCUGGGUGCAGGGUAGACCUGCUGGAAAACUGUGGCCACUCUGUGGUGAUGGAAAGGCCCCGUCGAACAGCCAAACUCAUCUUGGAGUUCAUCAUCUCCCAGCAAGACACCAAGAAAAGCAGCAAGAAGUCCUCAUGA